AUAAAAUAAAGUAACAUUCAACCAUUAAAUUACGGUUUGCUUAAAAUUAAAACAACAUAAAUAUAAGUGUGAACCAAAACGGUUUCACUUAAAUUAAAACAACAUAAAUAUAAAUGAACAAAAGGAAGACGGCAGAUUAGUCAAAGAAGAAACUUUGUGUAGUUGAAGAAUUUCCAAGACAGAAAAUAUGCCAAGUACAACUACAGAAAGGUAUGCAGUGGUGACUGGAGCAAACAAAGGAAUUGGGUUUGAGAUUGUAAGGCAAUUAGCUUCAGCUGGGAUCAAAGUGGUGCUUACAUCAAGAGAUGAAAAAAGAGGUCUUCAAGCAUUAGAAACAUUUAAAGCCUCUCCUCUAUCUGACUUUGUUGUCUUUCAUCAACUAGAUGUUGCUGAUGUUUCAAGUGUAGCUACUCUUGCAGAUUUUGUCAAAUCCCAAUUUGGCAAACUUGAUAUUCUGGUUAACAAUGCUGGAAUUUCCGGAAUUGAAAUCAACGACAACAAUUUAUUCAGUUCAACGAUUAUUACGAACGGGCAAGCACUAUCCGAUGAUGAGUUGAGACGUGCAAUGACACAAACAUACGAGUUAGCUAAAGAAUGCAUACAAAUAAAUUAUGAAGGAGCUAAAACAACAUUUGAAUACCUUCUUCCCCUUCUCCAAUUAUCUGAUUCACCAAGAGUUGUCAAUGUAUCAUCAUUUUUGGGCAAGAUAGAGAAUGUAUCAAAUGAAUGGGCCAAAGGAGUCUUUAGUGAUGUUGAUAAUCUUACAGAAGAGAGAAUUGAUGAAGUGUUAAAGGAGUUCAUCAAAGAUUAUGAAGAAGGGUCCUUAGAAAGAAAAGAUUGGCCUAGGUUUUUGGCUGCCUAUAUUGUUGCUAAAGCUUCAAUGAAUGCGUAUACAAGAAUUAUUGCGAAGAAAUAUCCUAGUUUCUGCAUCAAUUGUGUUUGUCCUGGUUAUGUCAAAACAGAUAUAACGGCUAAUACUGGUUUCUUCACCGUUGAAGAAGGUGCUUCUAAUCCGGUUAGAUUAGCACUACUUCCCAACGGUAGUCCGUCUGGCCUCUUCUAUUUCCGAAAUGAAGUAUCUUCAUUUUGAAUGAUAUUAUAUGGAGAUUACUAAUAAGUGUCCUGUUUGUUUAAGUAUCAAAAGAGACAACUUUUGACUUGUAAUCUUUAGGACACUUGUUAAUGUGACCCGUUAUUGUUUCUUCAUUGUAAUCUUUAGAACGAUAUUUGGACUUCACAAAAUGCAUUUGUCGGAAAGUUACUUUA